AAAUCGUAAAAUUGCUUCUCAAGAAGCCACGUUUUUAUUCUGUUUUUAAAUAUGCAGGCAGAAGUUGCACUUCUCACGUCAUCCGGUAUUCGAUUAUAGACCUUAGGGCCUAUUACGUAAACCGAUUGUCCGGUUUUUCUCAGUCUGUGCGCUUGCGUCAGCAAGUCGGUACACUGAGCGUUACUGCGCAAAGCAUGACUUUCAUUUCUACCUUUUUUUGCGAACAUGUUUAUAUUUUCGUGUACAAAGGUGACUAUUUGCUGGAUUACAAUGCAAGCUCAGACGGUGAUGGAGCGGAAACCACAGCGGUCACAUCGUCGGCGUACAUAAAGAUAUCGGCCCCAUCUACGGAUACCGGCAAGUCGUUUAAGAGGAUGCUGAAAAGAGUGUUGGACAGACACGAGCCUUGUGGCACGCCCAUUGCAGUCUCCAGCUCUUCUGAUGUGGUCUGCCCCCCGUCUCCUGAAACUACUUGUUUCCUGUUAGACAUGAAGGAAGCUAUAAGCGACAGAGCUGGACCCCGUAUUCCGUAGUGUUCGAGCUUGUCCCUAAUGAG